AUGAUUUCCUCCAGAGUCCGGACACUUGUUUCCUCCCUUGGGCCUCAGGCUCUCCGCACCGGCACCGGCACCGGCACCAGCACCGGCACCGGCACCUGGCGGCCUCUCCUUGCGAGGUACUCCUCAGCCGCCGAGCCCGCCGCGCCGGAUGCCCCCCCCGCAGUUCCGCCUGUCCUCCCUCUGGCCACCAUCCGCGAGGUGUUGGCAGCCAAAGCCCUCGCUGGUCCUUCCCCUGCUGAGGCCCCCUCGGGUGAGCAGCAGCCGGUACAUGUCGGCGGCUGGGUGCAGACCGUUCGCCGGAUGAAGCGCGACUUGUUCCUGGAGCUGAGCGACGGCUCCACCGCCAAGGGCAUCCAGGUGAUCCUUCCGCGCGACUCGGUCGCCUUCUCACAGCUACUUGACCAGGCGGCUGCUCUGGGGGUGGCUGACAUGUCGGAUACCUCGGCUGACGGGCUGGCUACCGGCGUGUCGCUGGAGGUCCGCGGUCGGCUGACCCCUUCGCCGGGGAAGAACCAGACCUUUGAGCUGCUGGCCGACGGUGUGAACAUCCUCGGCUUGGCUCGCUCGACCUUCCCUUUGCAGAAGAAGUUCCACCGACCGGAGUUCCUGCGCGAUAUCUCGCACCUGAGGCCGAAGACACGCAAUUUCGGCUCGGUUCUGCGUGUUCGCGACGCCUCCUCCAAGUCCAUGCACCACAUCCUCGACAAUCUGGGCUUCGUGCACAUCCACACGCCGAUUCUCACCACCAACGACUGCGAGGGUGCCGGGGAGACUUUCGAAGUUAAGGGGCCAAUCUUCGAUGGGGAUGGCGCCAGCACCACCGCUACCAGCCCCGAUGGACAGCAGCAUUACUUCGGCAGCCCGUCCUACCUGACGGUCAGUGGCCAGCUCCAGCUGGAGGCCGCCGCUUGUGGCCUGUCCCGGGUCUACACCUUUGGGCCAACCUUCCGCGCGGAAAACUCCCACACCUCGCGGCACCUGAGCGAGUUUUGGAUGCUCGAAGCCGAGGUGGCAUUCAUCCGCUCGAUCCAGGACAUUGUCGGCCUAACAUCGACCCUUUUCCGGUCGAAUAUCGCCGCGAUUUUGUCCCGAUGCCCGGAGGAUCUGGAGCACCUUGAGAAGAACUCCCCCGGGUUGGGCGAGCGUCUGGCAGGCUUUGUCGGCUCGGGACCCCCCGAUGGCCCGAACCCCUUCCCGGUGAUCACCUACACCGAGGCCAUCGACAUCCUGGAGCGCGAGGCUCGCGGGGCGACGUCCUUCCUGGUUGGCCAUGCUGGCUCAGAUGCCGAGGGAGCCACCCACACCGCGCCGGCCCUUCCCCCCCUGGCUUGGGGCGACAACCUCUCUUCGGACCAUGAGCGCUUCCUGUGCGAGCGGGUGUUCGCCGGACAGCCGGUCUAUGUGGUGGACUACCCCCAGGCGCUGAAGCCUUUCUAUAUGCGGCAAAAUGAUCAUGCCGACCCGGCCCGGCCAACCGUGGCUGCCAUGGACAUGCUGGUCCCCGGGGUGGGUGAGCUGAUUGGCGGGUCAGUCCGUGAGGAGCGCCUCGACCGCCUGGAGCAGGCCAUCGCCGGGGCCGGUCUUUGUCCGGAGGCCUAUGCCUGGUACACGGACCUUCGCCGGUAUGGCACUGUGCCGCACGGUGGCUUUGGCAUCGGCUUCGAGCGUUUGAUCAUGGUCCUCACCGGGAUGACCAACAUUCGCGAUGCCAUCCCCUUCCCCCGGUACCCGGGCCGGUGCCAGCUGUGAUGGUGGCGCACGGCAUCCCCCUUCCCUCCCCCC